AUGGGUUUCUUCGCAUGCUACUUGCUGACGCCUGUGCAGCCGCCACAGCGCAUGCGAUGCACGUACUUGGGCUUUACCGUGUCCCCUGUGCGUCGAUUGCGCCAGCACAAUGGAGAACUUGUGAGCGGAGCCAAGCGAACGCAAAAGUAUCGGCCGUGGGAAAUGAUUGCGAUCGUGCACGGGUUUCCGAGCAAGUACCGAGCACUGCAAUUCGAGUGGGUGUGGCAGCAUCCCUUUGUGAGUAAACUUACCAAGUUGCAGCUGAACUUUCUACGUGGAUCGAGAGGAUUCGGAUCGCCACGAUCGGUGAAGAGAAAGCUGACAGAAAUGCUGGAGAUAGUGAACUUGGAGCCGUUCAAAAGCCUGAAUCUUACUAUAAGCUUCACGAGCGAAGAAGUACACAGGAUUGCUCGCGGCUUGGGAAUGCGGUACUGUUCCGCAACGUGCAAGACAAUCGAACUGGAUGACUUUUCUGGUGUUGGCAAGAAGGCGGCAUCAACAGAGAUAUCCACGUGUUACAUCUGCGAGGAGAAUGUGAGUUUUAAAUCGAAAUGCGAGGAAAAAGAAAGAGAUGGAGAGGUCGCGGGGUGCUACCACGCAAGGUGCGACAUGUGGUGCCAUUUGACAUGCCUGACGGAUCAUUUUCGGUCAAUGAAUGACGUGACUGGUCUACAAGAAACGGUCGAGAGCGGGCAAUGUCCAAAGUGUGAGAAGAUUAUGCGGCGGUCGUUGAUGGUGCAGCGUUGUGGGGAAGCUAGAGGUGUAGAAGAAACAAAGUGCAAUGGAGGAAAGAAACAUAGUCGAAAACUAACACAAAAGACCAGCGCAUUUGCAGUUGGCGAUCGAUCGAAGUCACACAGUGUUUUGAAUUCUGAAGAGCGUGUCGCAGUAGAAGCAAUUGGCGAAGUCGGCAUGGCUGCAGUCAGUACAGAUCCGUCGUUGUCAUUGAAUGACUGCUCUGCUGAGUACGACCCAGACGGCUGGUUUGAAGACGAAGCGAUGGACUGUCAGCAUGGAAUGGACGAAGACAUCGGCAAUGAAAACGCUUGGAGCUUCGAUGCUUGCAAUGAUGUUCGCGAUGGUCAAAUGGAAGUUUGCUCCGAAAGUGAAAUCAUUGACCUAACAAACGAAUAG